AGACGUAGGAAUAAAGCAACUUCGCUUUCAUAAUGUUAAAAAUAGCUUCGUGUCGCUUUUUCUCCGCGAGUAGCACCCUUUGCGGGUCCUCAACGAAGGCAGCCAAGGUGCUCAACAAGCUGAUGAACGGCAGCAAAACAAAGAAGAAACGAUACUACGACGAAACAAACGACCGUGGCCCGAAGCUAAUGCCGGCGAAAUCGCUUGCCAACAGCAACCGCCAGGGCAAGGAAUCAAAUCGUCGCAUAGCGGUAUUGAACAAGCUGUUCAUGAAGAACAUUACCGACCUAAUGGCAACCGGAUCGUUUGCCAGCGAUCUGUACGGAUACGGGAUACAAAUUUCGCGUGUACGUGUAGCUCCUGAUUUUCGUGAAGCAAGCAUCUACUGGUUCUCAACCAACCUGAACAGGGACGUAAAAAUCGAUGGCAUCCUGAAGCCACUCUCUUCUCGCUUGCGCCAUGAGCUUUCGCAGCUGCGGCUGAUGGGUGAAGUUCCGCAGCUAACGUUCGUUCAGGACAAGCGAUUCUAUGUGGAGAGUUUGUUGAACAGUUUGCUGAAGCAGGCGGAUUACGGUGAGGACGAAGCAGCAGAUGAAGCCGAGCAGCUCGAACGGCAGGGAUUGGAAGAACAACGUUUGUGUGAACCGGAAAUGAGGCACGAUAUACUCGGUUUGGAUCAUGCUCAAAUUAUGAAUCGAAUCCGCCAGUCAGUCGAUAAAACUAACAAAGCGUGGAAAGUACAUCAGGAAGCACAGAAGAAGCGCGAUGAAGCUGCUACCUUGCUCGAGAGGACGAGCUUAGACUCAAAUGGAAGAAGCAAAUAA